AGAGUUGCUUUGUUUCCGACAAUAACCAUUCUGUUUGUUCAGCUAACACCUUUUAAUACAUUUCUACAACUUUUAUCUGGAAUACGUUCUGCUUUCUGAUCACAGUUAUGCUUUGCAAAAAUAUUUUACUUCUGGUUGUGUUACUGCUGCAUCUCCUGGUUGAUUAUGAGGCGCAGUCUAAAUAAUUUUGGGGAUAAUAGGUGAGGCAUUCAAGGAAGUUCCUGUGGGAUCAUUUAUAUGACGGGUAAAGUCCACACUGGGAGAAAACAGGGAAGUCCUUCAUCGCACAUAACACUUCCCUGUAGACAACCGCUGCUUCACAUAUUUGUUUUCCACUGAAGUUGUGUUAAAGUUUACCAGAAUGACCAUCGAGCAGCAGGGCACGGCAUUCUCAGGAAGCGGUCAUCCUACUGACCAGGAGUCGCUCAGGUUUCGCCGCGUUUCUUCUCGAAUGUCCACUCAGAUCUACCAUGAACCCAACAGCAGCACAAGCCUGGCGCAGGAGGAGGAACAGAGCGGUUCCGAGCCGACCCGGGAGCUCAGGAACACUGUUUUCCCCAUGGCUCUGAAAAAAGCUAUAAGGCAAGUGCAACAAAUGCAGGUUCCUGCUCAGUUCAAUGGAGGAUCCUGGAAACAAAAAAGGACCAAAUUUAUGCGUCAAUUCAAAAGUAACGUCAGAGAGUUUCUCUACUUCUUCUCAUUGUGGGGCAAAACCUUGCAAAAGAUUGGAGGAAACUUUGGAGGUGGAGUCCAAUCUUACUUCAUCUUCCUUCGAUUCUUGGUGAUUCUCAAUUUUGUGUCCUUCCUGCUGAUUGCUGGAUUCGUCCUCAUCCCCAGCAUCGUGUUCAGAUCGAUGGGCAUCAAACCGGAGAGCAGCAAACCUGAUGUUUCGUCAGAAUGCUUGAAGUAUAACCCAAAUCCUCAAGGCCUGGUGGUCUUUUAUGAGUUCUUCCUCGAUUUACUCUCAGGAACAGGUUUCAUGGAGUAUUCAUACAUGUUUUAUGGAUACUACAACAACACUGUUAUAGUUACUUCCUUGGUGGGCAGCAACUUUUUCUACAACAUCCCCCUGGCCUAUCUGCUCACUGCCGUCUUCUACUUUGCCUUUUGUCUCAUUUGCAUCAUUGCACGGAUGGGCAAAGCGGCUCGAGUCGCCGUGACAACCGGAGGCAGCGAUGUGAGGAGCUACAGCAUGAUCGUCUUCACCGGGUGGGACUACGGCUGCCUGGGAAGCAAAGCCACCAAACUAAAACAGAGGAACAUUUACUACCGGCUGCAGGUGGAUCUGGAGGAGGAGCGUCUAAGGAAGCAUGCAGCUUCCCUCACUUUGUGCAACAAAGUCACUUUAUACUCUCUGCGUGUUUUGAUGUUUUUUGUCGCAGUCGGGCUCAUCGUAGCGACCUGCUUUGCCAUUGCUCAUGCGACUUCAUUUAGCCAGGAACAAAGCGAUGUGGCAGGUAUCCUGGGAUUGGUUUAUACUUAUCUGCCAUCCAUCGUCAUCACCGCAGGGAACUUCUUGGUGCCUCUGCUGUGUGACCAAAUUGCUUUGCUAGAAAAAUAUCCUCCCAGCGCUACUGUAGUAGUGGCACUAUUAAGGACAGUUAUUUUGCGUCUCGUCAGUCUGGGCAUCCUUCUCUACACCCUCUGGAAUCAGAUCACGUGCCACGAAAAUAGAGACAAGUGUGCUCUGUGUCACUACAACCACAAAAAUUACCAGUGCUGGGAAACAAGUGUGGGACAGGAGAUGUACAAGCUGACGCUGUUUGACCUCCUCGUUAGCAUUGCUCUUCUCGUGCUGGUUGAAUUUCCACGCAGGAUGAUGGUGGAUCACUGGUCGUGUAAGUUGACCCAGUGGGUAGGCCGGCAGGAGUUUGUGGUUCCCUCCAACGUCCUGGGCCUUGUUUACGGUCAGACUGUGGUGUGGACUGGAGCUCUCUUUUGCCCUCUGCUGCCUCUCAUCAACACGGUCAAGUUUGUUAUCCUCUUCUACUGCAAGAAGAUCACUCUUUUCUACAACUGUCGUCCAGCGCUGAGGACGUUUCGGUCCACAACCUCCGCCUUCUUUUUCCUGGCCGUUCUCCUGUUCGGCUGGAUCCUCGCCUUGGUUGUCAUGAUUUACAGCAUAGCUGUGAUCCAUCCGUCAUUUGCUUGCGGGCCUUUCCGUUCCUUCUUUAGGAUGUGGAAGAUUGUUCCAGAGACCUUCUCCACUCUUCCUGAAGGAACAAGAGAUUUUCUCUUCUUCAUCGGCUCACAAGCUUUCUCCAUACCUCUGUUUGCUCUAUCAGGUGUGUUUAUGUGCUACUUCAUCGCUUUAGCCUCUAUCUAUGGAAAAUCUGUUGCAAUGCUGAGAGCUCAACUUAAAUUGGCAGGACAGGAUAAGCAGUUCUUGGUGAAGCAGAUUGAGAAGAUGAAGCUUCUGUCACCACAGCACAACGAAGGAGAACAAGACUAACUCUACCUUUAAAUUAUGUUUUUGUGUUGCGAAAUUUUUUGAAACAUUCACAAAUUGAGAAUGCUACUGAAAUACUUUCAUAAAUAGUGUAUGUCAUUAAUGCAUUUUGGAUUGUACUAGGCAAUUCUGCACAAAGAUUAAUAUAAUGUAUUUUUUCCUAGAGAUAAAAAUGUUUCUGUUCAGUUACUUAGUAGUAUCCAAUAAAAAAUCCUAGUUUUUCAAAUGUGAUUUGAUAAUCCUUUCAUAUGGUGUCAUAUUAAAUUAUCUAUCUUUCUACUAAUUACAUUUAUUUAUUAAAUUAAUAAAUAUCUAUGCGUUUUAUUAAAUUUUAAAUUGAAAAAAAAACUCAGCUUAAUUCACGCAGCAAAAGUUGCCUGUCUCUUUUUGCACCUACAUUUAUAGCAUUUUAAGUCUAAAAACUUGAAAUGUACAUACGAUUUUAUACAUCGUCUAAAAAUCAUCUUACUUUUUGGAUCUAUCAUAGAU